CACGCUGCGCACUCAGAGUCUCCGCGCACGCUUCCACCGAGACACCAAACCUGACAGUUUCCACCCCGGGAUGUGACCGUGGCACAACCUGAGCGAGUCCAGCCCGACAUGAGGAGCGCGCCACACGCGUGACACUCGACCUGCGGAGUCCCCGAGAAGUCCUUCCUGCGAGAGGGAGAGAGAAACUCCUGCCACGACUCCGCUUUGUUAACUUUGGCUCAGCUGCUAAGCGCCACAGCUCCAGAGAAGGCGACGAGCUUCCCAAACACCCGACUACAAGAGGUGAUCUGACGGGAGCAGGAGGACCGCAGGAGUCCAGGCUGGUCGUCGGUGCGUCACCAUGAGUUCCGAGAAGAACAAAAUGGAGGAUGAAGCAGUGUUGGACAGAGGGGCUUCCUUUGUCAAACAUGUCUGCGACGAAGGGGAAGUAGAAGGUCAUCACACCGUGUACAUCGGCGUUCAUGUUCCCAAGAGCUACCAGCGGAGGAGACGACACAGACGCAAGUCGAGCCACAAGGAGAAGCGGGAACGAGCGGAGCACAGCACGGAGGGAUACAAGUCGGAUGGAGAGACCGCAGACGAAUCCACCACCAGCAUCCUCAAACCUCUCAUUUCUCCAGCCGAGCGGAUCAGGUUUAUCCUGGGGGAGGAGGACGAUGGCCCCCCACCACCUCAGCUCUUCACUGAGCUGGACGAGCUGCUGUCCGUGGACGGGCAGGAGAUGGAGUGGAAGGAGACGGCCAGAUGGAUCAAGUUUGAGGAGAAGGUGGAAAAGGGAGGCGAGCGCUGGAGCAAGCCUCAUGUGGCCACGCUGUCCUUGCACAGCUUGAUGGAACUCAAAACGUGCAUCGAGAAGGGCACGAUCCUGCUGGACCUGGAUGCCACCACGCUGCCACAGGUGGUCGAGACCAUCACCGACAGCCAGAUCGAGAGCGGUCAGCUGAAGGCGGAACUGAAGGAGAAGGUCAUGUACACGCUGCUUCGGAAGCACCGUCACCAGACCAAGAAGUCCAACUUGCGCUCUCUCGCAGACAUUGGAAAGAGUGUUUCCAGUGCGAGUAGACUGUUUUCCAACCAGGAGAAUGGUAGCCCGACGACCGCCCAUCGCAACCUCACCUCCAACAGCCUGAGUGACUUCUCUGACAAGCCGGAGAGGGAUCAGCUGAAGAACAAGUUCAUGAAAAAGCUGCCCCGCGAUGCAGAAGCAUCCAACGUGCUGGUCGGAGAGGUUGACUUCCUGGAAACCCCCUUCGUGGCGUUUGUUCGUCUGCAGCACGCCGUCAUGCUGGGGGCUCUUACCGAGGUCCCGGUGCCCACAAGAUUUCUCUUUGUGCUGCUCGGCCCCAAAGGUAAAGCAAAGUCUUAUCAUGAGAUUGGAAGAGCCAUCGCCACCCUGAUGUCAGAUGAGGUAUUCCAUGACAUCGCCUACAAAGCGAAGAACAGAGAGGACUUGCUGGCUGGUAUCGAGGAGUUCCUGGAUGAGGUCAUCGUCCUGCCCCCCGGCGAGUGGGACCCUGACAUCAGGAUAGAGCCGCCCAAGUCGCUGCCUUCCUCAGAUAAGAGGAAGAACAUGUACUCUGGAGGAGAGCCACCCCAUAUGAACGGAGACGCCCCCCAUGAUGCAGGACAUGGAGGGGGAGGAGGUCACCAGGUCGGAGAGGAGCUUCAGCGGACGAGAAAGUUCUGUGGAGGUCUUGUCCUGGAUAUCAAGCGGAAGAUACCGUUUUUCGCCAGUGACUUCUACGAUGCAAUCCACAUCCAGUCUCUGUCGGCCAUCCUGUUCAUCUAUCUGGGCACUGUGACCAAUGCGAUCACAUUCGGAGGCUUACUUGGAGACGCUACAGACAACAUGCAGGGAGUGCUGGAAAGUUUCCUGGGCACGGCGCUGACUGGUGCGGUGUUCUGUCUACUUGCCGGUCAGCCCCUGACCAUCCUUAGCAGCACGGGCCCGGUGCUCGUCUUCGAGAGGCUCCUCUUCAACUUCAGCAAAGAUAACAGCUUCGACUACCUUGAGUUCCGGCUGUGGAUUGGCCUGUGGUCGGCCGUGUUCUGUCUGGUGCUGGUCGCCACGGACGCCAGCUUCCUGGUGCAGUACUUCACGCGGUUCACCGAGGAGGGCUUCUCCGCGCUCAUCAGCUUCAUCUUCAUCUACGACGCGUUCAAAAAGAUGAUCAAGCUGGCCCACCACAACCCCAUCAACUCCGAGUUCAACCACAACUUCGCCACGCUCUACGGCUGCCAGUGCGUGCCUGGCAACUCGUCGGAAAUCCUUAACGUCACUGCCUGGAAUAACGGAUCUGAUGUGGCAGCGAACGCCACCUGGGCGUCCCUGACCAUGGACCAGUGUCUGAAAUACAAGGGGCAGUUGGUGGGAGAGGCCUGUGGCUUCGUGCCUGACAUCACCCUGAUGUCCUUCAUCUUGUUCUUCGGGACCUACACCUGCUCCAUGUGCCUGAAGAAGUUCAAGACGAGCCGCUUCUUCCCCACCACAGUGAGGAAGCUCAUCAGUGACUUUGCGAUCAUCUUGACCAUUUUCCUCUUCUGCGGCGUGGACGCGUUUGUCGGUGUGGACACUCCGAAGCUCAUAGUGCCAAGUGAAUUCAAGCCCACAAAUCCAAAGAGGGGCUGGUUUAUUCCUCCUUUUGGAGGAAACCCCUGGUGGGUGUACCUGGCAGCCAUGCUCCCCGCUCUGCUGGUCACCAUUCUGAUAUUCAUGGAUCAGCAGAUCACCGCGGUGAUCGUCAACAGGAAGGAGCACAAACUCAAGAAAGGGGCAGGCUAUCACUUGGACUUGUUCUUGGUGGCCAUCCUGAUGAUCAUCUGCUCUUUCAUGGGUCUGCCGUGGUACGUGGCGGCCACAGUCAUCUCCAUCGCCCAUAUCGACUCUCUGAAAAUGGAGACCAAGACGUCGGCCCCUGGGGAGCAGCCUAAAUUCCUGGGUGUCAGGGAGCAAAGGGUCACGGGGAUCUUCGUGUUCCUCCUCACAGGACUCUCCGUCUUCAUGGCCCCCAUCCUCAAGUUCAUUCCCAUGCCUGUGCUCUACGGUGUGUUCCUCUACAUGGGCGUGGCGUCGCUCAACGGUGUCCAGUUCAUGGACCGUCUGCUGCUGGUCCUGAUGCCAGCCAAGCACCAGCCGGACCUCAUCUACCUGCGACACGUCCCCCAGAGACGCAUCCACCUGUUCACCUUCAUCCAGGGCCUGUGUCUGGCCCUCCUCUGGAUCCUCAAGUCUACCGUGGCCGCCAUUGUCUUCCCGGUCAUGAUCUUGGCUCUGGUUGCUGUGCGCAAGGCCAUGGACUACCUGUUCUCCCAGCAUGACCUGAGCUAUCUGGACGACGUCAUUCCAGAGAAGGACAAGAAGAAGAAGGAGGAUGAGAAGAAGAAGAAAAACAAGAAGAAGGGAAGCAUCGACAGCGAAGCUGAUUUCUCUGACUACCCCUACAAUGAAAAUGUCCCCAGUAUAAAAAUCUCUAUGGAUGUGCUGGAAAAGGAGCCCAUGUUGGGGGAUAAGUCUUUGGAUAGAGAUGAAUCACAGACUCUCCUUAACGCGCACUCGCCAUGCUGAGCAUUACUUUGAAUCUCCCACAGUGGCUGAGUAAUCUUGAACGAGGGUCGUACACCAAAGGUUUGCCUCAGAUUCGAAUAGGCCGCAACACUGAGGAUAACGGCUUCAUCUGGAGGAGGGGCUCCGACACUGAUCUGUGAAAUGAAUUUGUCCAAAGAAUUUGUCCAAAGAACCUAUCAGAACCGACGUGAUUUAACAAACCCAGCCUCUCCUUUAGAGCCAAAUUCAAACGGAAUGGAGGCAUUUGUCCUAAAACUGGUACUGAAUUUUAAUACGGGGCCAUUUGACUGUUCUUCGUAUGCGUGAUUUCCCCGUAGAAAACAAAAGGGCUCAUCAAAGUCAUGUGUGUGCAGUUUUUAUGGGACAUUAAUAAGAUAUUCAUGUGUACGCUAAUAAUUUAUUAAGCAUCUGGCUAAACAUGUACAAUCAUCAAAGAGGUGCAGCAGGGUAUGUAGGUUAGAUGGCUUCACAACAUACUCAUGAAUUUUUAUACAAUUCUCUACAUUUCCACAGGCGCUGAAGUGCUCUUUUUGUCUUAUCAAUUUAUUUCCAAAGAACAUAGAUCAUAGUAGUUCGGUUCUUUUCCCUCCAGGAAUUAUUUCUAAUAUUUCUUGAAGGUUUUGACUCGUAACUGCUGGAGUUUUGAGAUUCAGACAUAUCGCAGGUGUUAAUUGUACUCAAUCGCGAGAGCUGCCGACACGCACGUGAAAUCCUCCAUUUUUAUACUUGCAGUGAACAAAAGGGCUAGGAGAGGUCAUCUAUGCACAGACAGGAGCAGACAUUCAUUUUGUAACUAUGGGCAUAUUUUAAACGCAUAUUAUUUAUCCAGCAGCCAUCCAUGGCUGCAGAUUCGUACGCAACAGCAUACAAUGUUUCUUCAACACCAUACAGACUGGAACUCCUGCUCGUUUUCUAAAUCUUUUCUUUUCUUUCUUUCCUCGUUUUUUUUUAAAUUAUAUUUAUUUUAUUUAAACGCUUGAAUCUUACUUAUGGCUUUUACUUUUUACUUCCCCAUUUGUGCAAACAUUUUCCUGUGGUCUAUAUCCACUCUGCUGUCAUUUUCCUGUUGUAGGGAGAUAAUACUGUAGAUGUAUUAUACCUGUAUGUAGCUCUACCUCUUUACUGUAGGUGCCAGGCAUACUAUAUGGAUAUUAACAUCUGUUUUUAAUUAUUUGUGAUCAAACACUGAUUUUGUUUUUUUCCAAUUGGCACUGCAUAGGAUCUUCGAUUCCUGUUCCGACACCUAAGAUAUUAUAUUUUAUUCAGGUUUUUUCUCAAAAUGACCUAAUUUAAGAUUUUAAGUUUUUCAACCAAAAAGGCGCAUCUUAAAAACUCUUCUGAGUACAGACACAGGGAAACUAAAACAAAAUGGCAUUAUCUUUAAAUAAAGUGUCAUUAUUUAAUGUUAUCAUGUGCUGACGGGGCAGAAGUGAUGUCCUGUCCCCUUCUCACCCGCCUGAAUGAUUCAGUUUAAUCUUGACCAAGAAUUCAACCCUCAAAGUCUACUUAAGUUGAAUUUUCCUUUUGAAAUGUGAUUAUAUUUAAAAUGUGAUGUUUCAAUCUUUGACUACAUUUUUAUUUGAUUUUUAAUGUUUUUUGUGUAUUUUUUUUUAAAUGAAAAUCAACAAUCACUGUGAGCUAAUGCAAUGUUUCGCUCCUGGAAGAACUCCUGCUUCAUAGUGUGCAGAGUAAAAAGGGCUUCACUAUGAAACCGAUUAUUUAGCUGUGACAAUCGUUAAUGCAUCAUCAUCUAAAUUCUCUGUAGUGACGGUUCGAUGAGCAGUGAAACACACAGGUCUUAAAUUUUGCAAUAUCGUGUGAAGUCUUUAUCGUGCUCUUCUCCCUGAUUGAAGUUAAACACUGUAAUAGAAUCAGUCAAUUUAAGAUAUUCUUAUUGCACAUUUGAAUGUAAUGCAUCUCCAUCCAUUUUGAAAUGUUUCUGUAUUUCUUUGAAGACAAUCACGUGUACAAUCAGUGCAGUUGUAGUGCAAAUAUAAGGGCUUUUGAUUCCUGCUUUUCCAAAUCGCAUCAGUAGGUGUCGCUGUGAAGUACGAGACCGUUAAAGUUGCUUCGAACCCCAAAAUCUAAAAACCACAUUGUCUUCCACUUUGUUCUGUGAACUGUAUAAUCUUGAUUUUUAGACCCGCUGAUUAUAUAAUCUAUGUAUUUUUUGUUCGUAAUCUAAAAACCGAUUUUAUACAAGCAUCAAAUGAUACAAUGGGUUACUUGGAAGGAAGCAGAGUCGGCGGGAUUUUUUUUUUUAUAACUGUUGUUUUUGUAUGAGAGCAAUAAAACAGUCCAGAUGAUUCUUAAACACUCA